CCUCCGGUUGUUGCCUUUGAUGGCAGAGCUGGCGGGGGGGGAGGAGGCGCUGAAGGCACGCAUGGAAGAGAUGGCGGAGCAGAGCCGGGGCUUGGAGGACUGGGUGGUCCGGGCGGCGAGGGAGUGGGAGGCGCGUCACAGCGCCAUGGCCCCUCUUGACGUGGUGGAUGCAGGAAUCGAGCUCUGGUUGGGCCCUCCUGUCCGCUCUCCCCUCCCCUCUGCCCUGUCUUCUUCCUCGCCCCCCGGGUCGUCGUCCGCUCAGGCGUUAUCAGCGCCCUCCUUUCCUUCGCCGGUGUCUCCCUUUUCGGCCUCCGAGCCGCUCUGGGCCCCACUGCCGCGCUUGCUUCAAGAAGAGCUGCUGCAUCGCCUUGCCGCCAGGGCAAGUAAUGGUGCAGUCAGCCUCUCCUACGCUCAGAUACGUCGCGCCAUGGAGCAGCUUCAAAGGGACGAAGACGAGGCCCAGGGGGGACACAAAAAGAAGCUGCAGUGGCGAUUGGAGAUGGGGAAUGGAUGGUUGUUGGUCCGACAAGGGCAAGUGCUUCGGUUGGUUCAAGAGCAAGCCCAUAGGAACCCCAAGGGGAUCUGGCAGCCGGAAAACUUUCCAGUCUCGCUGCCGGAUGCGGGCGUGGAGUGCUUGCUCCCCACAGGGUGGCAAAUUUCGGCCUCACGCCUGUCGGCAUCUCCCUCUUCUUCCUCGUCCACCGCCCCGGGGUGGAGCAUGGUCCUUCCUCACGUUCCCACAGGGGCCCGGCUCCGGCUCCGGCAUCGUCAAGAAGGCGAUCGAUUUCAUCCACCGUGGCGACAGAGCCCUGUAAAGCUCAAGGAUUUCCUGAGGGCCCAGAAUGUUCCUUUGCAUCGGCGGGAUGAGGUGAUGCUUGUUGUGCUGCUCUCAAACGGUCCUCUGGGCGUCAAGGAGGAGGUAAUCGGCUUGCACCCGCUGGGUUGUGUAGCGGCACCAUCUUUGGAUUCGCAAGCAACAAAUUCAGCAUUGGAACCCUUAGCUAUACGAUUGAUGAAAGCGUAGCGAGGGUUGGGCUUGUACAGACGUGUUCAAAACCAUGUGAUUGUAAUUUAAAAAGGUAAAAUGCCUGUCGG